AUGGAACGUGGUGGCAUAAAGGAAGAAAGUACAAGUAAUGUUGAUACCACAAUUGAAAUAGAAGUCCCAUAUGGUCCACUGGUAACUUCAAUGAGGGAGAGACUACAGAGCUUGACGCCAAAUUCCUCUGAGUAUUGCAUCUAUAGGGUCCCCAAUAAUAUUAGGGGAACAAAUGAAGCAGCCUUUGCCCCUAUCAGAGUCUCAAUUGGUCCAUUUCACUAUGGCAAAGGGGUAUUAAAAGCCAUGGAAGAGAAUAAAUGGAGGUAUCUACAGAACUUUCUUGAACGAACCCAAAAGAAGUUGGAGGAAUUUGUUGAAGUAAUAAAGGAGAAGGAAGAAAGUAUACGCCUGUGUUAUGCAGAAAAGAUCAAACUUGACAGCGGCAAGUUUGUGGAAAUGAUACUUGUUGAUGCUGCUUUCAUCAUUGAAUUCUUGUUGAAUUUUGUGGUCCCUAAUCGUAGAGAUGAGAAUGAUAUUUUAUUUCAGAAUAAUAUUAUAUUUUCGGAUAUAAGUCGUGAUUUAUGGCUGUUGGAAAAUCAAAUUCCAUUUUUUAUUCUCGGGGAUAUUUUUAGCAUGACAGUCUUACAGGGGGCAUCCUCUUCAAGCCAAUAUGAGAUCCUAUCUUUCCUCGACCUGACUAGCCAAUACUACAUUGGCAUGCACCUGGGACUCAAUGCCAAGAAAACAAUCCCUUCAGGAGCGAUGCAUUUCACUGAUUUCCUAAGAAGUUGUAUCAUACCAUCAGAAGAACCGCAACCCCGCAACAGAGUAGGAAGAAUCGAAUUCACACGUAGUGCAACAUUGCUCCAGAAGGCCGGAGUGAAGUUUAAGAAGCCAGGAGUGAUGAAGAACUUGUUGGACAUCAAAUUUAGUGAUGGUGUUUUAGAAAUCCCACAUUUAAUGUUAACCGAUGAGACAGCCAGUUUAUUACGAAAUGUUGUGGCCUUUGAGCAGUGUCAUGCUCUACCCCUUUACAUGAGCGACUAUAUCACCCUGUUGGAUGGCCUCAUUGACACUACAAAAGAUGUUGACUUAUUUAUUCGUGGGAAAAUUAUCGAGAAUUGGCUUGGUGAUAGCAAAGGGGUGGCAGAUUUGUUCAACAAACUUGGCAGAAAUAUAAUAGUCAGCGAUACAGAAUCCUAUUUUGCUAGAGUUUAUGAAGACCUGAAUGAUUACUUCCAUAGUCCUUGGCACCAUUGGAAAGCAAUCUUGAAACAAGAAUAUUUCAAGAAUCCUUGGGCUGGAAUAUCUGUCAUCGCAGCAGUUAUUCUUCUUAUACUCACCUUUAUACAAACUGGGUGUUCUAACAAUUCCAUUCUGUGA